GCGUCCGUCCCUCGGGCCGCGGCCGGUUCCCCGGGAGACCGCGCGCCGCCUAGCGACGGGGGACGGGCCAACGCCCGGCGUCGGAGGGACCGCGGUGAGGGUCGCUUGUCCCCCGGGGGUCCCCGUGAGGGCUGAGGGCCGAGGACCCUGAAGGGUCACCGUGAGGACUAACUGGGGUCGAGUGGAAGUUCUGUGGCCACGCGACCCCCGGAGGGGCCCCCCUGAGGAGUCGUGGGGCGCCUCAGGGGCCGCGGGGGCGUCUGCGGCUCCGCCUCUCCCCGCCGCCGGCCUUUGGGGGCCGCCCGCGCCCGUCGCCGCGUCUCGCGCGCACGCACCGUCCGGCUGGGCCCGGCGCCCGCGCGCCCGAGAGGGAGUGGGGGGCGCCCUCCCGCCUCUCGGACCCGCGCCGCCCCGUCAGUGAUUUCUGCUUCCCAACAUGGAAGAGGAUACCAACCCAUCCCCCGAGGAGGGGCUUUUAGCCAAUGACACUCUUGUGGAAGAUGAAAGAGAUGCACCGGACCAUUCAGAAUUGGAGGAGGAACCUUCUCCUCCAGAAGCUGCAGAGAACACUGCUGCAGACUACUGUUCAGAGAAAGAGCUGAAGAAAAGAGACGUCCAGGCCGAGAGUCAAGAGCUGCAGCUGAGGAAGGACUUGAACACCCUGGAUAUGCUGCACAGGAGGAAAGACCUCUCUAUUCAGAAAGUGAGAAGGGAGCUCCAUGCUUGCCGCCAGAGGAUGGAUUUCAUUGCCAAGCAGCAGGCGACUGUGUCCGCCAAUCUGGCUGUGGAGAGAGAGGCCAACAACAUUGCUGCUGUGGGCCGCCUGCAGGCAGUGGCCAGAAGCCUGUGUACUGAGCUGGAGAAGGAAGAGGAGCAGAAGUCCCAGCUCAUGGCCAUGCUGAGGGAGAACGAGAACGCCAUGUGGCACAUUGAGAUUCAGAAGGUGAAGUUUGAGGAUUUCCAAAAGUCUGUCCAGGAGAAGGCCGUGGCGACCAGCAGGUGCCUCCAGGUGAGGGCGGCCCAGCAGCUGCGCCAGGAGGAGGCAGCCUCGGCGCGGAGGGCACGCAGCCAGCUGCUGAGGGUCAGGAGGUCCAUGGAGCUGCAGAAGGAGCAGGGGCUCCGGCACCAGAAGCUGCUGGCUGACGCGAAGAGGAACCACAGGGUGGCAGUGAAGUUCCUGAAGGCGACCCUGGGCAGGGUUCGAGAGCGCACAAGAGAGGAGGAGCUGGCGUCCCAGGAGCACAUGCGGAGGCGCAUGGACGCUGUGCUGGCCCUGAAGAACAACAUCACUGCGAACCGCGAACUGCUCCGCAAGAUUCAGGCCUGGGGCCAGGCUAAGACCAAUGCGGCUCAGCAGAAGGUCCAGGCCGAGGAGAAGGAGAUUCUGGCGCAAGGGGGGAACGCCUUCAAGCACCUCGUCCAUCAGCGCAAGCGCCAGGAGCUGGAGGCCCAGACCAAAGCCUUUGAGGAAGAGCAGAAGCUCAGGAAGCUGGAGAUCGUGAGUCGGAUUUUGAAAGAGGAGAGCGAGGAAGAGAACAAGAAAAAGCAGCAGCCUGAGCCUGCGCAGGCGGCGCAGCGCCUGACUCUGCGGGACAAGACGUGGCAGUACAUCUCUGACUUCUCCAGAGGGCGUGCCACGGCUGCAGGCACCGUGCACCCACCGGCACAGGAGCACGACUUCCCUGUGACGCCUCAGGCCUCGCAGCUACUGAAAGCCAUCUCCGCCGACUUCGCCCAGAGCGACCUGUGGGCCCUCAACGCAGAGGAGGAGACGCUGGCCAAGCCAGAAAUCCCCGGGCUGUGGGAUGAAGACUACAAGCUCUGCCAGGCGCCCAAAGAAGACAUGGACCGGAAGCCCGUGGGAGGGACAAAGAUGGAAAAGGACAUCCUGGCCCGUGCUCUGGAGAAGCUACGCAGUGGGCUGGUCCACAAGCAGGUGGUGUCAGGUCGAGAGUUCAAAGGUUGCCCCUUCAACAGCAAACCCAAAGUCAUUCACUUCAAGGACUUUGACGUUGGCAAAGUGUACAAGAAAAAGAUCACGCUGAUCAACACCACCUACACCAUCAACUACUGCAGGCUGGAGGGUGUGGAGGAACACCUGCGGGAUUUCAUCCACAUCCACUUUGACCCCCCUGGUCCCAUGUCCACUGGGAUGUCCUGUGAAGUGCUCGUCACCUUCAAGCCCCUGGUGAACAAAGAUUUGGAAGGGAGCGUCUCCUUUCUGGCGCAGACUGGCAGAUUUUCUGUUCCACUGAAGUGUUCUACGAAGAAAUGUUCUCUGAAACUGGACAAGCAGCUCAUCGACUUCGGCAGCUAUGUGGUGGGUGAGACGGCAACGCGUGUCAUCACAAUGAGCAACGUCGGGGGCUUGGCCACGGAUUUCAUCAUCCUCCCAGAGCCAGAGUUCUGUGAGCUGGACAGGAGAGCUACAAAGCUGUUUGGAUAUGAAGAGAAAGCGCUCUAUGAUAAAAUCACCAGCUUCUCUGAGAAUUUUCUCGAGGCCCCUGAACUCUUCACUGACCGUAUGCUUAUCCCGAGGGGGCUGGGAAAGCCAGACAGCAGGGACCAGGAGGAGAAGAGCUCUUCCGAGUCAGAUGAAAUGAUGACUACCACCUUCAUGAUGUCUCCCCAGAGCGAGGACCGAGUUGAGAUCUCACUGGGAGAGGUCCGAGAGGGCAAGAUCGACCCCUUCUGCUCCGUCAGAGUGCCUGUCAUCUUCACCCCUGCCACCCCCGGAGUGGUCAGAGCCAAGUUCAAGAUCCUGUUCAAGAACCAGCAGUGCCCGGCACUCCUUUUCAGCGCCAUUGGCACUGCUGUGGACGUUCCCGUCUGGGUGCCGAACCCUGAAGUGGACCUGAAGAUCUGCAUGUAUGACCGACUGUACCAGACCUCCAUCCUGAUCCAAACGCGGUCCAAAGUGGCCCUGCGUCUGAAGCUGGAAGUGUGCAAGGAGCUGAGGGCCCACUUUGAGCUCCUUCCCGAGAUGGGCUACAUCCAGGCCCUGUCGUCUUUCUCGGUGCAGCUCAAGUUCCUGCCACGACACUCUCUCCCAGAGGACGCAGGGAAGUACUUCGACAAGGAGAGCAGAGUUCUGGAGGCCCCGAUGACCAUCAGGGUGGCUGACCAGAUCAGACCCGUGGAGUUCACUGUCCACGCCAUCGUCACCACGUCGGACCUGCAGCUGAGCCCCUCCGUGGUGGACUUCGGCUACUGCACCAUCUAUGAAGCCAUCAGAGCCGAGAUCAGCCUCUGUAACUGUUCCCUCCUGCCCCAGGAGUUUGGAUUCGUCGGGCUCCCCCAGUUUGUGGAUAUUCAGCCCAGUGAUGGUUUUGGGACGAUUCUGCCCCUGGAAACUCUGCAGCUCGACGUGAUCUUCCAGCCCACCAAGGCCAAGGAGUACAGCUUUGAGCUCAUCUGCAAGUCCGAGAUUGGCCGGUGCUUCAAGCUGGCGUGCCAGGCGGUGGCUGUCUCCCCGCCACUGGAGCUGUCCCACUGCCAGAUCAAGUUUGCCACCACCGCCUUGAGCAGUUCUUCGGUGGCCACCCUGUACGUCAUCAGCACUCACGGCGCCCCCGCCGGCUCCCAGGACGCCACCCCCGCGGGGCCCACCUCCUUCGAGUUUUUGGUGCCCCACGAUGCACCCAUCACCAUCUCCCCCUGUAUGGGAACUGUGUUUCCCGGAAAGAGGUGCCUGGUCCAGGUGACCUUCGGGCCCAAGCUGCCUGCGGAGCUCCAGCAGCAGGGACUCUUCCAGACCAAAGACGAGGAGGUCAAGCUGCACCGCCAGAGCACCACCAUCGUGCAGAGGAAGGAGCCGCGGAAAUCCUCAGUGUACCAGCGGCAGAGCCACGAGCAGGAGCAGCGAGCUCGGCCGUCCCAUACACAGGAGCCGCCGAGCAAAGAGCUGGCGCCCAGCUCAGACCAGUACCAGGCUUUGCAGGCCAGCCUGGCCAGGUCUUUCCAAGGCAAGUUUGACAAGUUUGUGGUCCCCUGCGUCGUGGCCAGCGGCGACCUCAGGGACAGGGAGGGGAUGGAGCCCCUGAACUUCAGCCCCCACCACACUCUCUACCUGGAGCUGUGGUGUCCCACAGUGGCCCCGUCCAUCAUGGUGAUGUCCAACAACGGCAGGACCGUGAUCGAGUUUGAUGAGGUGGCGAUCGGCCACAGCAGCCUGAGGAAGGUCUCCAUCCAGAACGUGUGCUCCCAAGGCCUGGACGUGGACUUCUCCCUGCUGAACCCCGAUGGCCCCUUUGUCCUGCUGAACCCUGUCAGCAAGCUGGCGACAGGCGAGAGCCACACCCUGGCGCUGUCCUUCUCUCCCCAUGAGAACGUCCUGGCCCAGGAGGCGCUGGACAUCAUCACCAAGCGGGGCGCCCUGACGCUCACCCUGAGGGGCACGGGUGUGGAGCCCAGGAUCACCUGCUCCAUCCAGGGUGACAUCCUGCACAUGGGCUACGUCAUCGCCAGGGAGACCGUGUCCAUGGGUUUCAAGCUGCAGAACUGCUCGUCGCUGCCCGUGGAGUUCUCCAUGCAGCUGGACAGCCUGGCGGACAGCGGGCCCAACUCGCAGGUGCCGUUGCCGCGCUUCCUGGCAGCGGGGGCCGUGGGAAUGCACCGGACGGAGGUCGUAGGCACACAGAACUACGGCGGGCAGAGCGUGUUCAGCGUGGCCCCCAUGGAGGGCGUCCUGGAGCCCGGCCAGGCGCAGGACUUCACGCUCACCUUCAGCCCUGACCACGAGAGCCUCUACUUCUCGGACCUGCUGCGGGUCGUGCUCUUCAAUAAGAACACGUCCCGCCAGAUCCUCCUGAAGGGCGCCGCCCGAGAGCACAGCAUGUUUGUGGAGGGAGGCGACCCGCUUGAUGUGCCUGUGGAGUCGCUGUCAACCGUCCCGCUGCUGGAGCACGGAGAAGGCAGUGCUCCCCCCUUAGAAGGUGAGGAGCUGAAGGGCAUACUGGUGACACUGGACUACAUUCAGCUGGACGAGGACACACCGGCGUCCCCGGCCACCCGGGAGCUACAGGUGGGCUGCAUCCGAAGCAACCAGCCAACCUCCAAGAAGGUGGUGGACUUCAGUCUGGACAGUGUCUCGUCCCUGCAGCACAAAGGCUUCACCGUGGAGCCCACCAAGGGCUCUGUGGAGCGCGGCCAGACCAAGACCAUCAGCAUCUCCUGGGUGCCACCCCCGAACUUUGAUUCGGACCACCCCCUCGUGGUGUCGGCCCUGCUGCAGCUCCGCGGGGACGUCAAGGAGACUUACAAGAUCCUCUUUGUGGCCCGGGUGCUGACGAGCACUACCACCCCCGGCCCCCCAGUCCUGAAGCCAAGAGCGCCCACCCCCACUUCCACCUCAGAGCUGGCGUGAGCCCCUGUGAGCCUCUGGGCUUCUGGCCCAGGGCCCCUCAAUAAAUGCUACUGUCCCCAGCCCUCCGCACUGCAGGUCAGCGGCAGGAACCGCAGCUCAUCAUGCCUGGCUGGGUCCCUCCUGCCUGUCUUCCCCGUGCCCGCUGGCCACGGCAGCAUGGACGUCCCUGCCUUGCCUGGGAUAGUGUGUCCUGGGAGUGAGCCCAACCCCGGGGACAGCCAAGGACAGCCAGCCCCAGCCCUGUGUCCUCUGCACUCUGGGUGGUCUGCAGAGUGACCAGCCAGCAGGGCCAGCCCUUGUUCCUCCAGCCCAGGCCCCUCCUGCUUCUGCCGCCUCUGGACGGGAGCGCCCAGCACCUGCCGCCCACACCCCCACCAGGCCGCUUCCAAGCCGCAGGGUGGACAGUGAGGGCCUGGCCCAUGGCACUGGGACCUGUGCAGGGCCAGUGUCCCCACACCAGACACUGGAGGAAGUGUGGGCCUCCUGCCCUCCCCUCCACACAACCCACAGCUCUGUGCAGUAGUAACCCCUGGGCCUACCGCCGCCCUUCCAGGAGCUGGACCUGGACUCUAAGGCCCCUCAGCCUACAGCCCGUGUGGCUCUGAGCAGGUCCCUCCUACGAGGAGGUGGUCAAGGUGUUCACGCAGACGGGGAGAGGCCCAGCAAAGGGUCCAGGAUCGUUCCCUGAGCUCCCAGCACAGCCGGAGGGAUUGGCUGCAGCUCUGGCCCGGCCCAGAGACAUGACCGCGGGCCCAGGGCUCAGCGGCUGGGAGAGUAAAGCGACUAGUCGCCAGCUCCGUCUAGAGGAAGGUUCUGGGAGGGACCCUGGUCUGCAGGCACCAGCGUGCCCCGUGCUGGGAGGUGUCAGAGUCCCCAGGCCACCAGGCCCACCUGUGAGAAGCCCUUUUCUGCCAGCCCCCAGGACAGAUGCACGUGUGAGAAGGGCCAGAGAUUUUACAAGCCGCCAGCCUGGGGGAGGGCUCUGGGGGCAGCAGCGCUUUCCUCGUGACCCUGCCCCGUGGCUGCUGCCCCUCAUGCACCGUCCUGAGUGACCGUGGGUCUGAUGGCAGAAGCCGACCAGCAGUGGCCCCCUGCCAGCCUCCUGUCAUGCCACCAUCAGCCCCGCCUGCACGAGUGCAGGGCUCUGCACCUGUGGGUAUGGUGAGACAGGCCUGCUGUGGGGGGCCCAGCCCUGCUUGGACAUGCCCAGUGCGUGUGGCCCGUGACCCCCUGUGGAAGACAGAAAGAGCCGCCCCUCGGCCCCCGGCUGGGCAGCCCCAGGACUGCACACAGAGCUGUGGCCACCCGCUGUGCUUGGUGGGCGGACACCUGGGCAGCUCACGAGUCUGCAGGUCGCUGUCCCCCUGCCACCUCCUUCACUCCACAUCAGGAGUCAGACCUGCCCCAGCAGCCCAGGCCACAGCCCCUCCUAGCCACCCCCGGGACGAGGCUACCAGCCAGAGGUGAGCUUGCCCGAGCAAGUGGAGCACGUUCGUGAACAUGGCGGUGGUUGACUUCUGUUUCAGCUUCAGGGCUGG